AUGUUGUCGGCUACACUCGGCAAAGAUCGGAGCUUGCCCAACCCGCCUCCUCCAUCCAAUAAAGCCGGAGUAGCCCACUGCACCCAGGGUUACAUUAGUCAGUUCCUGACAGAACCUAGGGCAGGACAAGGCCUGCUGCUCUUCACCCAGCCUGCCUAUAAUGCUUCCAUCUUUGAGAACUCUGCGACAAGAACCUAUACCAAAAGUGAUGUCAAAAUGGGCAUAAUUCUUUGGCCACCUCGGUCUUUAGACAUAAAAUAUUCCGUUGUGUCUGGAGACAGUGAAGGAAUCUUCCAGGCUGAGGAGUUUGUAAUGGGAGAUUUUUGUUUCCUCCGUAUACGCAUUAACGGAGGCAGUGGUGCCACAUUAAAUCGGGAAGUACAGGACAAUUACACACUGACAGUUAAGGCAUCUGCCCAGGGAGGCCUUGAGGCUUUAGCCACUGUUUAUAUCAAGGUAUUAGAUACCAAUGAUCUCCGACCUCUCUUCUCCCCUACCUCCUAUUCAUUUAUUGUUUCUGAGAGUGCCCCUCUGGGGGCCAGCAUAGGUCGUGUUACAGCCACGGAUGCUGAUGUGGGUUCCAACGGGGAGUUCUACUACUUCUUCAAGAACAGAAUUGAACUCUUUGCUGUUCAUCCGACCAGUGGGGUUAUUACCCUCACGGGUCGGCCCAGGUUGGACAAACGAAACCUAUUUGAGCUGGAGGUGCAGGUGGUCGACAGAGGGAUGAAACUCUAUGGGAACAAUGGUGUCAGCAGCACUGCUAGGUUGGUCCUAACUGUGGAGCGGGUUAAUGAUUUUUCUCCUAUUCUCAAUGCAAUUGCUGUCGUUCCAUUAUGGGCGGACAAGGACCCAGUCUAUGUCAUAAUGACUGUGGAAGACAAAGACGAGGGGGUAUCUGGGGAUGUAGAGUGGGUGUCCAUCAUUGAGGGUGACCCUCUUGAACAAUUUGUGAUUGAUCGAUCGCCUGUCGGGAAUGAGUAUAGAGUUAAAACAUCAGAAUUGUUCGACUGGGAUACAUUCCCCUAUGGCUGUAACUUAACUUUUCAAGCAAAAGACAGAGGUAUACCGCCUAAGUUUUCUAAUACUCAAGUUGUUCAGUUGUUGGUUACAAAGCCAAACCCAGUGUUGGCGAAUUUCGAGAAAGAUGUUUAUGAAGUCAAGCUGAGUGAAAUAGCUCCCCCAGGCACUAUUGUGGAGGUGUUGAAAAUCUCCCCAGCUCCUCUGAGUGUCAAUUACAGCUUCAGCAGCCCCUCAGAUCUAAUGUACUUUGAUAUAAACCCUUUGACUGGAGUUAUUAUGACCACAAGGCAGCUGACAAGGAUAUCACAGGAUUUCAUGGAGAUGGAGGUAGUUGAUAUUAUCAGUCAGCAGCAAGCAAAGGUCCAAAUCACAAUAGAGGAUGCCAAUGAUAACUCUCCAGUGUUCAACAGGCCAUUUUAUGAUGUUGCAAUCAACGAGAGCUUACCUGUUGGCAGUGUUGCUCUUGUAGUGUCCGCUGUGGAUGCUGAUAAAGGAGAGAAUGGGUAUGUAACACACACAAUAAGUGGCGAACAGUCUCUUCCGUUUACAAUAGACCAGGACACAGGGGAGGUGAGGAUAACAAGAGACCUAGACUUUGAGUCAUCAGAUGAUAUAUAUACUUUUGCAGUGCGGGCCUCUGACUGGGGUUCACCCUACAGACGGGAGAGUGAAGUUAAUAUCACCAUUCGUCUGAUAAAUAUAAAUGACAACCAGCCUCUUUUUGAGAGUAUUUCUUGCAGGGGGAUGAUAAGCCGUGAUUUCCCUGUCAGUCAGGCCAUUGUCACUUUGUCAGCCGUUGACAUGGAUGAGCUAGGAAUGGUUACGUACAAGAUACUAUCUGGGAACGAGUUAGACUAUUUUGACUUAAAUACACAAUCGGGGGCUUUGUCAUUGAAAAGAUUGUUAGGAGAGGUUAAUUUAAAAAGUGGGAUAUUCAACCUGAAAAUUGUUGCUUCAGAUGGUGAGAUGUUCUCUGAUCCUACAUUUGUGAAUGUGUCUGUGGUGAGGGGUAGAAUGCCACCCAGGGGGUUCACCUGCAAGGAGACCAGGGUUGCCCAGCUGUUGGCAGAAACAAUGCUUUCAAAAGCCUCAGCUAUGGCUAGACUAAGAACAGAUGAAAGAUAUACAGACAUUUUCUCUAUGAAUAAACAGGCUCCACAGUUUGAGGCCUUACCUACUAGUAUUCUAGUAAAAGAAGACCUCCCUACUGGUGCCAGUGUAUUUACAGUGAGAGCACGAGAUGGUGACACAGGCUUCAAUGGCCGUGUUCUCUUUUCCAUAUCUGAUGGUAACAAAGAAAACUGCUUCAAUAUCAACAUGGAGAAUGGGUUGAUAACUGUGUUGCAGCCACUUGACCGUGAGCGAUUGGAUCGUUACUUCCUUAAUAUCACCAUUUAUGAUCAGGGCGGUCCUCAGAUGUCCAAUUGGAGACUACUGACUGUGAUCGUUGAGGACUCAAAUGACAAUGACCCCCAAUUUGAUCAGGACAGCUUCUCUGCUCUUGUUGCAGAAAACUCGGCCAUUGGUGUUGAAGUUAUUACAAUCACGGCAUUUGACAGAGACAUGGGUCAAAAUGGUCAAAUCUCCUACAUAAUGCUGACCAGUGUUCCUCACUUUGGUAUUGACAGCGAAACUGGAAGUGUAUUUGUUUCUAGCCACUUGGACAGAGAAACCAUCCCAAUGUUCACAUUGAAGAUUGAAGUGAGAGACAAGGCUGAAAGAGGCAUUCGAAGGUCUUCAGUGACUACUCUUAGUAUAAUUGUGGAGGAUGUCAAUGAUUGCGCCCCAGCUUUCAUCCCCAGCAGCUAUAGUGCUCGAGUACUUGAGGACCUCCCACCAGGGGCUGUGAUUACCUGGGUGGAGGCUCAGGACCCAGACAUGGGCCCCGGUGGACAGGUCCGAUACUCCUUAAUUAAUGACUUUAAUGGCACAUUUGAGAUCGAUGCUGGGAGCGGAGCGUUGAGGAUUAGGAAAGAGCUUGACUUUGAGAAACAACAGUUUUUCAACCUGACAUUACAAGCUGAGGACAGAGGAAUACCCAGCCUCAUCAGUCAGACAUUUGUGGAGGUGGAGGUGGUGGAUGUCAAUGAGAAUUUGUAUGCACCCUACUUCUCUGACUUUGCUGUGAGAGGCUCAGUGAAGGAGAACUCCCGUGCAGGCACAAGUGUCCUGACAGUCAGCGCUAAGGACGACGAUAAGGGGCGAGAUGGUGUGUUGAGGUAUUCUGUCAGAGGAGGCAGCGGACUGGGCACUUUCACCAUUGACGAAGACACAGGAGUGAUUUACACUGCUGGUAUCCUUGACUGUGAGACCAAAGACUCCUAUUGGCUUACCGUCUUUGCCACAGACAGAGCGGUUACACCCCUGUCAUCGUCUAUUGAAGUCUUCAUUCAGGUAGAAGAUGUCAAUGAUAAUGCUCCUCUCACGUCGGAUCCUAUCUACCACCCAGUCGUCAUGGAGAACUCUCCAAAGGAUGUGUCAGUCAUUCGUAUCCAGGCGCAGGACCCUGACCUCACUGCCAUUCCCAGUCGUUUGAGUUAUCGCAUCACUGCUGGCAACCCGCAGAAUUUCUUCUCUAUUAACCCCAAAUCAGGGCUGAUCACGACAACCGCGAGGAAACUGGACAGAGAACAACAGGCGGAGCACUUCUUAGAGGUAACUGUUAUAGACGGCCCUGUGACCACCCGGCAGUCUACUGUGUGGGUCAUAGUUCACAUCGAGGAUGAAAACGACAACCCGCCGACCUUCCCGGAGGUCACCUACCGCAUCAGCUUGACCGAACGAGACCGCAACAAACGUGGCGAACAGGUAUACCGUGUCUUCGCUUAUGACCAUGACCUCGGAGCCAAUGGCAACAUCACCUACAGCAUUGUCGAUGGUAACGAGGACGACAAGUUCAGUAUUGACCCCAGGACUGCCAUGGUGUCAUCAAAGAAGAUGGUAACAGCAGGAAGCUAUGAUAUCCUCACUAUAAAAGCCGAGGACAGCGGUGAUCCCCCAUUAUGGUCUACUGUCAAACUCCAUGUAGAGUGGAUUCGCAAACCUGUCCCCUCGCCUGUACCUCUACUAUUCACACAGAGGUCCUACAAUUUCUCUAUUUCCGAGACAGCUGCAGUAGCUCAGCCGGUGGGAGUUGUCGCUGUCAGCCAGUCGAGCACACCUGUCUGGUUCAAUAUCAUCGGCGGACGGCUCUCCAGAGAAACGUUCUACAUUCCUCAGAAUGCAUGUGGAAGAAACUGCUCACUUGACACAGGGAGCUUUGACAUGCAGUUUGACCUUCAAGUGGGGGUGGGAACUCUAGUUGUGGCCAAGCCUCUUGAUGCAGAGGUGCAAGCUGUGUACAACAUGACUAUACAAGUGACAGAUGGGACCAACUUUGCCACAGCUCAGGUGUUUAUCCGAAUACUGGACAGCAACGACAACCCUCCGGUCUUCUCACAGCCAGCCUAUGACGUCAGUGUCUCAGAGGACGCACCCGUUGACAUGGAGCUACUGCGGGUUAGAGCGUCGGACGUGGACGAGCGCGCCCGUUUGAGCUUUUCCAUCUAUGGCAGUGUAGACCCAGUCAGUAUGAGACUGUUCAGGGUCAAUCCUGGUACCGGGGUGGUCUACACUGCAGACAGCUUGGACUACGAGGCCAGAACACAGCACAUCCUCACUAUUAUGGUCAAGGAUCAGGAGUUUCCAUUUAACCGUGACUUGGCUCGUAUCCUGGUGGCGGUGGAGGACUCCAACGAUAACAUCCCCUACUUCACCAGCACCGUAUAUGAUGCCGUGGCCUAUGAGUCAUCUCCCAUAGGCACAUCUGUCUUACAAGUGACUGCAUUAGACAAAGACAACGGGAUUAACGGGAAACUCACUUAUUCUAUGGAAGCAGGGAACACUGUUGGUGUGUUUGGCAUCGAUAAUGCCACAGGCCUUAUUUUCAUCGCCAGGGACCUGGACCUCACAUCUGUGGGCUUUUACACCCUCACGGUGCGUGUCACAGACAGUGGAUUCCCUCCAUUAAUGGCCACAGCUUCAGCUCGCAUCUCCUUGAUACUCUCGGACUUCUCCCAACCCAAAUUCUCUCAGAAAGAAUAUCAGGCUGAGAUAAUGGAGAACAGCACUAUUGGUACACAUGUGACCACCGUUAGCGCGCUCAGCCGCUCAGCGCUCACUUACGAGAUCACCAGGGGCAACGAAGCGAAAUGCUUUUUCAUCAACCAUCAUACUGGUGUAAUCAGCACACGCAGACUACUUGACUUUGAGCAAACAACAUCCUAUUUUCUGGUGGUGCAUGCCCUGAGCAUGGCUGGCGUGGAGGCCAGCACCACUGUCAUCGUCCAGGUGGGGGAUGUCAAUGAUAACCCACCAGUCUUCCAACAAAUCAGAUAUGUGGGCGCAAUCAGUGAGGCUGCUCCAGUCAACAGUGUGGUCUUGGGAGAGGAUGGUAACCCUCUCGUCAUCCAGGCAACAGAUAGGGACCGCAAUCACAACGCCUUGUUGGUGUUCCAGAUCAUAGACGAGACCCCUCGUAUGUUUUUCAGCGUGGACUCAGGGACUGGAUCAAUUCGAACAAUUGCCAGUCUGGACUAUGAGAGCUUCUCAGAGUUCCUCUUCCGGGUUCAUGUUAGAGACAGUGGACAGCCUCCUCAGAGUGCUGAUAGCCCAGCAGAGGUGAUUAUCAAGGUGAUCAACAUCAAUGACUCACCUCCAAAGUUGUCACAGGACACUUACGAGGCAGUACUCCUCUUGCCGACCUACAUGGGAGUGGAGGUUCUCAGGGUGGAGUCUUUGGACCCUGAUAUGACCUCUGACCCCACUCUGAACCCUGACAAGUCCAUCACCCCUCAGCUAGUUUACUCUCUGGUGGACAACAAUGUGGAGUACUUCUCUGUGGAGCGCUACACCGGAGUUGUGACUGUCGUCAAUCAGAACCUCAGUAAAGACCGUUACCGCUUUAAUGUGAAGGUUUGGGAUGGGCGAUUCUCCAGCAUGGCGUCGGUCACAGUGCUUGUCCGAGAAGCUAUAGACAGCGGCCUUUUCUUCACCUUCCCGGUCUACUACGCCUCAAUCCCAGAGAACAUACCUGAUGUCACUAUAGUGACUGUUGUCAACACAGUUGGCCACCGCCUCAAUGAACCGCUGAAGUACACUCUGCUGAACCCCAGUGGACGUUUCACCAUCCGGCCGACCUGCGGGGUAGUGCUCACCACUGGUGUGCCUUUUGAUCGCGAGGAGAAGGAGAGUUACGAGCUGGUGGUGGAGGUCAGCAGAGAAGAUGAGAUACUGAAGGUGGCCAGGGUGACUGUACAAGUUCAGGUGGAGGAUGUGAACGACAACUCUCCAGAGUUUGUGAACCUCCCCUACUACGCUGCCGUGCAGGUGGAAGCUGAGCCAGGAUCAGGUAUUUUCAUGGUCUCAGCCAUCGACCAAGACUACGGUCUAAAUGGAGAUGUAACUUACAGUCUUAAGGAGCAGCACAGGAACUUCCAGGUGAACCCUGUGACAGGAGAGCUGUCCUUAAAGAGGGCCUUCGAGGCAGACUUAUCCAACGCAGAGUACAAGGUGGUCGUUGUGGCCAGUGAUGGUGGCUUCCCCUCUCUGUCCAGUGAAGUGGAUCUGCCUGUUACUGUAGUAAAUAAAGCCAUGCCGGUGUUUGACAAACCCUUCUAUGGUGUCACUGUCAGAGAGGAUGUGGCCAUCUCCACCUCUGUCCUGUGUAUCAAUGCCACCAGUCCUGAAGGCCAGAGCGUCAUCUUCACCAUCACGGACGGAGACCCUUCCCUACAGUUCGACAUUGGCUUUGACACAGGGAUCAUCAGCGUGAUUUACCUGUUAGACUACGAGAGCACACAGUACUACCGGUUAACAGUGAAGGCUACAGAUACAUUGACUGGGGCAAAGUCUGAGGUCGAUGUAGACAUCGUGGUGCUGGAUGUGAAUGAUAACCCGCCAUUGUUUCAGAACACGUCAUACUCCUCUGUGCUUCCUGAGAACUCCAUGAUCGGAACAACCGUGUUACAGGUGUUUGCUCAGGACCAAGAUUCGGAGAAAAAUGCUGUGGUGAGUUAUCAGAUCCUAUCUGACAUCUACAACAGCACCGACUACUUCCACAUUGACAGUAACAGCGGAUUGGUAUUCAUGGCACGCCUGCUCGACUAUGAGCUCAUCCAACGCUACAACUUCAUUGUGAGAGCGUCGGACAGUGGAGACCCUGCCCUCAGCAGUGAUGUUAGUGUCACCGUGACUGUUACUGAUACAAACGACAACCCACCUAAUUUCAGCCAAGCGAUGUACGAAGCCUUUGUCAGCGAGCUGGCUCCCCGAGGGCACUUUGUGACUUGUGUUCAGGCUUCGGAUGCUGACAUCUGUGAUGCUCAUAGGCUGAGGUACACUAUUCUCUCUGGGAAUGACAAAAUGACUUUUAUGAUGGAGCCAGAUACAGGGGUACUCAGUCUAUCUAACAAAAGGAGACAAGGCAUGAAACUCUCCUAUCAACUCAACGUGUCUGUGUCAGAUGGAGUUUUCACCAACACUGCUCAGGUGAUUGUACGUGUCCUGGGAGCCAACCUGUACAGCCCAGUGUUCAGCCAGAGGUUCUACCUGGCUGAAAUCCAAGAAAAUGACCCUCCAGGGUCAAAGGUCAUUCAAGUUCGUGCAACAGAUGAGGACUCUGGGCUGUUUGGCCAGAUCACCUACUCCUUCAUCAAUGACCUGGGGAAAACUCAGUUCUCUAUCGAUGCAGAUGGAGUCAUAUCCACCGUUCGUAAAUUAGACCGAGAAAAUCCUCUAAACAAGGACAUGGUGCUGACCAUUAUGGCCCUGGAUGGUGGAGGCCGUGCAUCGUUUUGCACAGUUCGAGUGGUUCUUGCUGAUGAGAAUGACAACGCCCCUCGGUUCAGAGCUGUGGAGUACCGUAUGAGCAUUAAGGCAAAUGUUGCCAAAGGUUCUCUGGUCACACAGAUCCAAGCCACUGACUCUGAUGCCGGGUCUAAUGGGAGGGUCACAUACUCCCUUUACAGCGAGGCACGACUUUCACUGGUUGAUGUGCUGGAGGUGGAGGCAGACAGCGGUUGGAUGAUGACCAAAAGCACUGUGGACCACCUCCAGGGGACUGUGCUGUCCUUCUUUGUUAAAGCCACAGACUGCGGUUCUCCGGCCAAACACUCGCUGGUGUCGGCCUUCAUCCACGUCGUCCCACCAGAUGCAUUUGUUCCCUCCUUCAGCCAGCCCCAGUACUCCUUCACCAUCCCAGAGGAUACAGCAGUAGGAACAGCCCUGGGGUCUGUGUACAUGGCCCCUGGACAGAUGGGGUCCUUCUCUGUAGUCGGAGGAGAGACGCUCGACAGCAACCAGGGAGGGACCUUCCUGGUGGAGAGGGAAACGGGUCUGAUCCGUCUGAUCAAGCCGCUCGACUAUGAACUCAUCAGCAUCUUCCGCUUUAAGGUUGCGGCAACAACAAGAAGAGACCUGAUCGAGUCUGUCUCCACUGUAGACCUGGAGGUUAAGGUCCUAGACGUGAAUGACAACAAGCCAGUGUUUGAGACUAACGCCUAUGUAGCCACAGUGAUGGAGGGGAUGCCAGUAGGGACACGAGUGGUCCAAGUGCGCGCACUUGAUCCAGACUGGGGCUCUAAUGGACAGGUAACCUACGGCCUCGGAUCUCUGCUCAACUACAACUUGGACUUGACAAAAGACGCUCGCUCCUUCAGCGGCCCCAUCACCAUGAGUUCUGUCUUUGCUAUUGACAGCAAGACAGGCUGGAUCACCACAGUGAGCCAGAUGGACCAUGAGGCCUGCUCCAGCUACAGCUUUGAAGUAGUGGCUUCUGAUCUGGGGGAGUCACAGUCUCUCUCCUCCACCACAGUAGUAACCAUCACCGUGUCAGACGUUAACGACAACCCGCCGCGGUUUGAGAGGGAGCUGUACCGGGGCGCAGUGAAGGAGAACGAUCCCCUCGGUGAGGUGGUAGCUGUUCUAAAAACCAAAGAUCGAGAUGGCACAGAUCAAAACCGUCUCGUCAACUUUUACAUAACUGGGGGAAACCCACGGGGCGUGUUUGGCCUGGCUCUUGUGCAGGGAGAGUGGAAGGUUUACGUGAGUGGUCUGCUGGAUCGUGAGCAGCAGGACUGGUAUCUGCUCAACAUCACAGCCAGCGAUGGCCUAUAUGUUGCUCGCACUGCAGUGGAAGUUACCGUUAUGGAUGCCAACGACAACAGUCCCAUCUGCAACCAGGCGGUGUAUAGCGCCUCUUUUCCUGAGAACAUUCCCACUAACAAGGGCAUUCUGACAGUGAGUGCAACAGAUGCUGACUCAGGCUCCAGUGCUGAGAUCCAAUAUUCAUUGUUUGGCAUCGGGGUCGAAGAUUUCUACAUGGAUGCAAACACUGGUGAGCUUCGUACGGCCACGGUCAUGGACCGAGAAAUGACGGCCACCUACAAACUCAUUGCCCAGGCGACUGAUGGAGGAGGGCUGUUCUGUCGCUCUGACAUUUCUCUCAAAGUGUUGGACGUGAAUGACAAUGCCCCCUCUUUCUCCUCUACUCAUUACCUGGCUAGUGUGUAUGAGAAUGCCGCCCCCAAGGCUUUGCUUACCCGACUGCAAGCCAGUGACCCUGAUGAAGGAUUCAACCGUACAGUAGUCUAUUCUCUGGUGGAUUCAAUCAACGGAUUAUUUUCCAUUGACCCCGUAUCAGGGAUGGUAAUUCUAGAGAAAUCUCUGGACAGAGAGAGCCGAGACUCCUAUCGUGUCCGUGUCCAGGCCACUGACCAAGAUGGGCAACAGGGGGCACUGUCCUCAAAGGUUGAUUUGACCAUCUUGGUGCUGGAUGUGAAUGACAAUGCUCCAGUCUUCCAGAGGAGGGACUACACUGUUACUGUCCCUGAGGAUGUAGCUGUGGGAACCGAGGUGCUGCGAGUGUUGGCGACGAGCGUUGACAUCGGACCGAAUGCUGAUAUCACCUACAGCAUCCGGUCAGGCAACGAGUUAAGAAGGUUCACCAUAGACAGAAACCUGGGCUCCAUUUCUGUGGCUGAUGAUUUGGACUUUGAAGUGUGUAAGGACUACUACCUCACUGUUGAAGCCUGGGACAGCGGGAACCCUCCUCUCAGCACAGCUACAAUGGUAACCAUCGAACUCAUGGAUGUCAACGACAACGCUCCAGCCUUCAGUCAGGACAUCUACAAUGUUCUCGUCAGCGAGGAUGCGUCUGUUGGGCGGACAAUUACAAAGGUAUUGGCAGAAGACUUGGACAGCCAGGUGAAUGGGCGAAUCACCUACUCCAUCCUGAAAGGUGACCGUACUAAUCACUUCUGGAUUGACCCUGUAACAGGACUGCUCAAAGUCAAUAAGCGGCUCGACAGAGAACUAGUAUCCAGGUACUCUUUGUCGGUGCAGGCGUUCGACAGUGGCUCUCCUGCCAUGUCCUCCACUGUCACCCUUAACAUCGACGUAUCUGACGUUAACGACAACCCUCCUGUCUUCACUCCUCUCAACUCCACAGCAGUCAUACAGCUAAACCAAGCUGCAGGCACUACACUGCUGAAGCUGUCAAUGAGCGAUAAAGACUCCUCCAGAAAUGGCCCUCCCUUUGAGUUUCGCGUUGUGUCAGGAAAUGAGGGAAAUUUCUUCUCCCUGGACCAAACGGGUACUCUGAGGUCCAACCGUGUGUUUGGCCCUGAAGCCCCCAGAGAGUUCACUCUUGAAAUCCAGGCAAGUGACUCUGGUAAACCAAGUCUUACCUCUUCCACCUGGAUAUUUAUGAGAGUCAUCGGGAACAGUCAGUACAAACCCGCCGUCUCCCCACUGGAAAUCUUCAUCGUCAUGGUAACUGAUAUGUUCCAGGGCGGCCCGAUUGGUCAAAUCUAUGCGACGGACCGUGACCCCAAUGACAUGCUGUCAUUUACCCAGAAGUUUCAGCCUAAGAGCAUGUUUACAAUAAACAGACAGGAUGGCAGCGUUUUGGCCCUGCCGGGCCUGGAACCUGGCAGAUACCAGAUGAAUGCCACAGUGAGUGAUGGACGUUUCGCUGUGAUAGCUGACGUGUCAGUCCAAGUGGAACAGGUGACAGAUGUGCUGCAGCGUAGCGCCCUGACCUUACGUUUCAGCUCCCUGUCCCCGGAGGACUUGCUUGGUCGCUACCUAAACCAGAUCAAACUAAUGUUGCGGGAACUAGCCGGUUGGAAAUGGUCACCAGGACAACAGGAUCCCCUCCACAUACUCAGUAUACAGCCAGUGAUGGGGACGUCUAACGUGGAUUUGCUUCUGGCCAUGGAGAUGCCAGAGACUUCAGGCAGCGGACGGAUGGGUGGCAUCUACUCCCAGCAAGAGUUGGCUGCGAAGCUGGAGGAAGCAGCAGCGCGGGGCCAGGUUCGAGGUGUCCUGGCUGGGGCGGUGGUGGUGAGCUCCGCUUGCUCUGGGGACCUGGUGUGUGGGGACAGGGUGUGUGAACAGACACUAGAGAUGGACGGUGACUCGCCUGUCACCUACAGCACAGAGAGGGUCAGCUUGGUGUCACCAAGGUUCAGCAGCAAAGAGACUUGCACCUGCCCUGGAGGGACAUGCUCCAGUCCCGUGGAGCUUUGUGAAGGUCAGUCCUGUCCAGCAGACAUGCAGUGUGUUCGUUCUGGUCCUACAGCGCCAUCUGUCUGCCAGUGUCAGCCUGAGAGACUAGACGAGUGUGCAGGCCAAACCUCUCUUAGUUUCUCUGGGAACAGUUACAUUAAGUACAGAGUGACAGAGAGUGGACAGAGUGGAGAGAUGAGGCUUGGCCUGAGGAUCCGAACACUUCAGAGAAGAGGAGUCAUUAUGUUCACACGUGUUAACCCCUGCACCAUGCUCAAGAUUGAAGAGGGCCGACUCUGGUUCCAGUUGGACUGUGACAACACCCUUGGCAUCAUGGGUAUCUCUGGCAGACCAAUAAACGACGGCCUCUGGCACAUCGUUGCCUUGGAGCUGACUAGGAACUACACCCUCCUGUCAUUGGAUGACAGCUAUGUGGAGCGCCGGCGAGCAGCCCGAGCCCCUGUUCGCCUUUGGCCUCUGGCCCCAGAUGCAUCCUUUUUCUUUGGAGCCCAAGUGAGGCCACCGAACGAGAGGCCAAGCUCGGGACCAGGGAGAAACCAAGAAGGGCCAGGACUCUGGGACCGUGGAGUGAGGGCCCAGCCAAGAGCUCAGGAUGGCUUCCAGGGAUGCCUGGGCUCACUGAUGCUGAACGGUAACGAUCUGCCACUCCAGAAUAAGAGGAGUCGUUAUGCUGAGAUAGCCGGGUUGAGCGAGGUCAAGUUGGGCUGCAUGCUUUAUCCAGAUCCAUGCGUCAGUCAGCCCUGCCUGAACGGAGCCAUCUGCAGCAGCCUGACCUCUGGAGGCUUCAUGUGCAGUUGCACUGGUGCUUUCACUGGGGGGCGCUGUGAAGUUGAAUUGACAUCCUGCAUGCCAAACCCAUGCCAGAACGAUGGGGACUGUAAGCCUGCAGGCAGUGCAUUCCUCUGUGGCUGUCCUAGAGGACUCGGGGGACUUAUAUGUGAUGAGGAUGUCAAUGAGUGUGACCAGGAUGAGUGCGGAAAUGGAGCAGAGUGUGUCAACAUGUUCGGGUCGUUCUUCUGUAACUGUUCAGAGGGGUAUGAGGGUCAGUUUUGCGAUGAUCAGACACCUGCUGAUCCGGGGGAUGACACACAGGCGGAGCCCCUGUCUUAUGUCGGACCAGGAGAGAUAGUUGGCAUUGGGGUCCUUGUCUUUGUCAUUAUUCUCCUCCUCAUACUCUUCAUCGCCUUCAGGAAGAAAAUCAAAUUUAGGAAAGACUCAGACCCAGGACCGGGGACUCAAGCUGUGAUGGGUGUGUCAGCUAUUUCCACAGAAACCAGCUACAUGCUGCACAAGACUGGCAUGGGUGCAGAAGGGAUUGAGUUUAAAGCCGUGCGUGUGUUGGGAUCACCGGGGACCACGAGCACCUACGGUGAGGUGGGAGGCGGCGCUGGGGGCCCUCCCCAGGUAAUGGUGCGUCCCACUACUCACUCCCCUCUACCAGGAGGAUUCAGCAGCCAGGGCAUGAGGGGUGGAGAUGGGGAUAAGAAUACAUCCAGUGAGGGCAGUCAGUUGAGCAGCUUCCUCUCAGACAUAUCUAAUGUCCGAGGUGUGACCACUAGGAGGGGCAUUGCAGUUUGCAGCGUGGCACCCAAUCUCCCUUCUGCAUCGGCCUGCCGCUCAGAGCACAGUCCAGCUCACAAAGUGUCCUGGGAGGGAGAGGAAACGAGGGAAGAAGGGCUGGAGCGAGUGAGAGUGGAGAGAGAGGAGGAAUGGGGGCAGAGAGCUUUUGAGCUGGAGAGAACACAAAGAGAUAACAGUCCUCAGGAAGUGUCAGAGCUGGUGGAUGAGGUGGCAUGUCUCUCAGACUUCACCUCGGAGGAACACUCUUCCUACACUUCUGAGUCCUUCGAUGACAACGCCUCCAUAGUGACAGUCAUACGUCUAGUCAAUGAUGCUGUUGAUAAUAUUGAAAGUGAAGUGUCAGACAUGGACAAAGAACAGCAGCGGAACAGCCCUUCAUACCGAUGGGAGUCUUCCAGUCAGACAUCGAGCUGGCUGUCACCGUCACGUCUGCGUCCACCAGAGCUGGAAUCCAAUUACAACCUCGGUGACACCCUGCAAAACAUCAGACGAGGAGGCAGCACACGGUCUCUCCAGCUGGACUACAAAGUGAUGGGCUGUGACGGUGACCGGGGCAGAGAGCAAGGGCGGGAGACCUCGAGGAGGGCCUUCCAUUGGGAGAGGAAUCAGACGGGUGAGUGGGAGAGGAAACGCAUCCUGGACAGAAAAGAAAAGAGAAGGUACGACGGGGACGGAAAGGACACAGGCAACAGGAGCAGAGACAUGGGGGCAUGCCAGGACCGCAGAGACCAGCAGCAGUCGCACGACCAGGACAGCUCCUCGCCGGUUUACGAGGAAUACCGAGAGUCCAGCCAUGACCCAGAGCAGAGUGAAGACUCAGAGAGCCUUUAUGACACUCUACCCCCAACCCGUCGAGCCUACGAAGGAUACCCUUCAAGCCCCCCGGGCAUCAACCUGCACCCGGCUCAACUUCUGCCCCCCCUCAGGGCGUGGGACUUACAGACAGGGGAGUGGAGGGGUUCGCAGGAGGAUCGCAGUGGUCUCAGCUCCAGCAGUCUGACAGGUUCUGGGGACGAGCUUGAGAGACUACUGAACCUGGUAUCCCUCAGAGCCAGGAGAGCCACGCGAAUAAACAGAGCCUCUACCCAAUCUGAACCCACAACAGACUGGGAUGAAUUUAAAUGAGCACACAAGACUGUUUAAAACAAAUACGUGUAAUGUUCCUUUGUAAUUGAAAGAGACGCUGUGGCUCUCUCUGAUUAUACUUGACAUUUAUAUUAUCACACCGUUGGUCCACCACCUAAAAAUAAUGAAAGGGGAAUAUUACCAUAUAUACUUUUAUUAUCCCGCAUUAUCAUCCUGCUGUAAGCAAACACUAAUCCACCACCAAUCCCCCGGCUCAUUUAUAAGAUGGAGGAAUACGAGGAAAUAUAUGUGUUCUCUAGACGCCUUCACCUGUGUUGCAUGAAAGGUAGCUGAGAUUGGCUGUGAAUCAAUGUUAUUACAUUCAUUAUUUAAAGAACCACUAGAGCACAUCAUUUAUCAACAUGGAAAUAUGAAAGGAACCAGUGUGUCUCUGUUUUUAGAUGAUACCAACUUGUGUAUAUAUGUUAUUGUGUGUUUCAUACUUUGUUCUGUUUAAUCGCACACGUUCAAACGCGCACACACAAUCCUUUUGUUAGCUCAACCAUGGCAUGCUUAAUGCAUUUCUUAUUUUUACUGGCACAUGCUUGGGGUUGUUUUGAAGAGAACUGUUCGCCCACAUCACAGACAUAGCCCCAGAGAUGCUAUUAUGAUUACCAGACGUUGAUACCAGGAGAUCUUUAUUUAUUCAUUUAACUAUUCUAUUAUAUAUUUAUUUAAUAUUCAUGUGUUUGAUUGCUUCACGAACACAAGCGUCAGGGUUAUCUGGCUCAUAUAAGCUAUAAUUAAAUACAGCACUUUAGGUAAU